GCUAGAAAAAGCGUCUGUUUUUAUAUUCGGGAGGUUAUAAGAAAUAUGGCAUAAUUUGAAUGCAAUAACUUAAAACUUUAAUAAAACUUUUUAUCAAAAAUACUUAUCGUAGAAAAAAUCUGUAGCGCAAAAAAUAAUGCAUUCUCUGAGGAAACUGUCCGCUUCUUUUGCUCGGACACUUAGACAUAAUGUACGACGAAGUCUAACCUCGCAGCCAGCAAAUGCAAAUACAAAUUCCGAUAAGAGUAAAGAAGACACAAUAUUGGUGAAUCAAGUGGGUAAAGUGACUACAAUUGGUAUCAAUCGUCCUGAAAAGAGAAAUUGUCUAGAUAUCGCAACUGCACAAUUACUCUCAGAAGCUUUAGAUGAAUUUGAAAAUAACGAAGAGACGUCAGUGGGAGUAUUAUAUGGAGUAGGAGGUAAUUUUUGUGCCGGUUAUGAUCUCAAAGAAAUUGCAGACUAUGAUGGCGAGAAUGAGGGAAGCAUACCACACUUUGGGCCAUUGGCGAAUAGAACUGAGUUAUUCAAGAAACCACUGGUUGCAGCUUUAAAUGGAUAUGUCAUUGGAAUAGGAUUCGAACUUGCUUUAAUGUGUGACUUGAGAAUUAUAGAAGAUACAGCAGUGAUAGGCUUUUUAAACAGACGUUUUGGCAUUCCAAUUUUAGGCGGAGGCACUGUCCGUUUGCCUGCUCUAAUUGGAUAUUCCAGAGCUAUAGAACUUAUACUAACAGGAAGAAUAGCUACUGCAGAGGAAGCAUUUAAAUGGGGAAUUGCACAUAAAUAUGCAUCCUGUGGUGCAGCUUUGGGUGUGGCGAUAAAUUUGGCAUCAUCUCUCGUAAAAUUCCCGCAAAAGUCUUUGCUGGCAGAUCGCGCGUCAGCUCACUUUGCCACAUAUUCAGCAAAGGUAAUGGAAGAAGCAUUACAAUUCGAGAAAGAUAAUUCAUCGCAUUUGAUAUUGGAGGAAGGAGUUGAAGGUGCCAAAAAAUUUAUUUAUCAUGGAAUAGGAAGGCACGGAAAAUUUCAUGAUAUCACGAUUCAAGAUAAGAGUAUUAAGGAAUUAGAUGAGACUUUAUUGUAAAAAGUUUCAAUUUAAGUGAAUGUAUAUAAUAAUUUUAUUAUACAAUUCUUUUUCCCUCUGAAUAUUUUAAGUUCAAUAAAUUUGUUAAUUUCCCUAA